CCCUCUUGCCGAAACCAUUUGUCCGAGAAGCUCGAAAACCCUCGCAAAAUCGCAGCAGCAGCUGCUCAACAGUUCACGCAGUCGCCUCCCUCACUAGCUCUAGCGAUGGCGCAGUCUCUGGAGCUGCUGCUGAUUCAGUUCCUUAUGCCGGACAAUGACGCCCGGCGGCAGGCGGAGGAGCAGAUUAAGCGGCUAGCGAAGGAUCCGCAGGUGGUCCCAGCACUCAUCCAGCAUCUCCGCACAGCCAAGACCCCCAACGUCCGCCAGCUCGCCGCCGUCCUGCUAAGGAAGAAGAUCACCGGGCACUGGGCCAAGCUCCCACCGCAGACGAAGCAGCUCGUCAAGGACUCUCUCAUAGAGAGCAUCACCUUGGAGCACAGCCCUCCAGUGAGACGAGCGAGUGCCAAUGUAGUGAGUGUUGUUGCAAAGUACGCAGUUCCAGUGGGGGAGUGGCCUGAUUUACUGAAUUUCUUAUUUCAGUGCAGCCAAAGCUCACAAGAGGAUCAUAGAGAAGUCGCCUUAAUUCUUUUCAGCUCUUUGACUGAAACGAUAGGAAACACAUUCCGGCCACAUUUCGCAGAUUUGCAAGCUCUUUUGCUCAAAUGCCUCCAAGAUGAAACUAGCAGCCGUGUCAGAAUUGCUGCUCUCAAGGCAGUUGGGUCUUUCCUGGAGUUUACUAAUGAUGGGGAUGAAGUGGUUAAGUUUCGAGAAUUUAUUCCCAGCAUUUUGAAUGUAUCAAGACAAUGCCUUGCUUCGGGUGAAGAGGAUGUAGCUGUCCUUGCAUUUGAGAUUUUUGAUGAACUGAUUGAAUCUCCUGCACCUCUUCUUGGGGAAUCUAUCAAAUCCAUUGUACAAUUUUCUCUCGAAGUUUGCUCAAGUCAAAAUCUAGAACCAAACACGCGCCAUCAGGCUAUUCAGAUUAUUUCAUGGCUUGCUAAGUAUAAAUCCAAUUCGCUGAAGAAAUAUAAGCUGGCGAACCCUAUCCUGCAAGUCAUGUGCCCAUUGCUUGCACAGUCAACAGAUGGAGAUGAAGAUGAUGAUCUCGCACCUGAUCGAGCUGCUGCAGAAGUUAUAGACACUAUGGCUUUAAACCUUCCGAAGCUUGUGUUUCCACCUGUGCUUGAAUUUGCUUCAAUAAGCUGCCAAAACACAAAUCCUAAGUAUCGAGAGGCUUCUGUCACUGCUUUGGGUGUCAUUUCAGAGGGAUGUUCGCUGUUAAUGAAAGACAGAUUGGAGCCUGUUCUUCACGUUGUAUUAAUGGCUCUUCGGGAUGCAGAACAAGUGGUUAGAGGGGCUGCUUCAUUUGCUUUAGGUCAGUUUGCGGAGCAUUUGCAGCCUGAGAUCACAUCUCAAUAUCAAAGUGUCCUUCCUUGUAUUUUAAAUGCCCUCGAGGAUGCAUCUGAUGAAGUAAAGGAAAAAUCAUAUUAUGCUCUGGCAGCUUUUUGUGACAACAUGGGCGAGGAAAUUCUUCCCUUUCUUGAUCCAUUAAUGAACAAACUUUUGUCAGCGCUGCAGAGUAGCUCUCGUAAUUUGCAAGAAACAUGCAUGUCUGCAAUUGGUUCUGUUGCAACUGCUGCAGAGCAAGCAUUCAUGCCGUUUGCUGAGAGGGUUCUGGAGUUGAUGAAAGCAUUCAUGGUGCUUACCCGUGAUGACGAUCUUCGUUCUCGAGCAAGGGCAACUGAGCUCGUUGGAAUAGUUGCCAUGACUGUUGGGAAAGCGGGAGUGGAGCCUAUUUUGGCCCCCUACAUUGAAGCUGCAAUUUCUGGUUUUGGCUUGGAUUACAGUGAACUUAGGGAGUACACUCAUGGUUUCUUCAGCAAUAUGGCAGAAAUUCUUGGUGAUGAAUUUGUGAAGUAUCUUCCUCAUGUUGUCCCUCUGGCUUUCUCUUCCUGCAAUCUCGAUGAUGGCUCGGCUGUGGACAUAGAUGAUUCUGAUGAAGAAAAUAUGGGAGCAGUUGGUGGAGUGUCAUCUGAUGAUGAAGCUCAUGAUGAGCCAAGGGUCAGAAAUAUCAGCAUCAGAACAGGAGUAUUGGAUGAAAAGGCAGCCGCCACUCAAGCUUUAGGCUUGUUUGCUCUGCAUACAAAGAGUGCCUAUGCACCAUACUUGGAGGAAUCCUUGAGGAUAAUGAUUAAACAUUCUGCAUAUUUUCAUGAAGAUGUUCGCCUGCAGGCAGUUAUAGGUUUAAAACAUAUUUUGACAGCAGCACAAGCUGUUUUCCAGAGCCAUAAUGAUGGCCCUGCAAAGGCAAAAGAACUUCUUGGUACUGUGAUGAACAUUUAUGUCAAGGCUAUGAAUGAAGAUGAUGAUAAGGAAGUUGUUGCUCAAGUGUGCACCGACAUAGCUGAUAUUGUCAAGGAGUGCCGAUAUGCUGCUGUUGAGCCUUAUAUGCCGCAAAUUGUUGACUCAACAUUGCAAUUGCUUCAAGAGCAAUCGGCUUGUCAGCAAAUAGAGUCUGAUAAUGAAGACGAUGAGGAUGAUGCCGAGCAUGACGAGAUACUCAUGGAUGCAGUUUCUGAUCUGCUUCCUGCAUUUGCCAAGGCAAUGGGUUCUCAUUUUGCACCGAUAUUUGCAAAGCUGUUUGAUGCUUUAAUGAAGUUCUCGAAAGCUUCACGCCCUCCACAAGAUAGGACCAUGGUGGUUGCUACCCUUGCUGAAGUCGCUCAGAACAUGGGUGCUCCAAUUUCUGCCUAUGUUGAUAGGGUAAUGCCCUUGGUUAUCAAAGAACUACUGUCUUCUGAGGCAACUAACAGGAGGAAUGCAGCUUUCUGUGUUGGUGAACUAUGUAAGAAUGGAGGGGAACCAACUCUGAGGUUCUAUGGUGAUAUAUUACGUGGACUGUAUCCGCUGUUUGGAGAGUCUGAGCCUGAUGAUGCUGUGCGGGAUAAUGCAGCUGGUGCUAUAGCAAGGAUGAUAAUGGUUCACCCUGAGGCCAUUCCUUUGAAUCAGGUCCUCCCUGUUUUCUUGAAAGUUCUUCCUUUGAAGGAAGAUCACGAGGAAUCACUGGCCGUUUAUGGAUGUGUCUGUACUCUUGUCUUAUCGUCAAAUCCUCAGAUAAUUGCUUCAGUGCCUGAUCUGGUGAGAGUUUUUGCUGAAGUUGCCAUAUCCCCGGAUGAAACUCCUGAAGUCAAAGCCCACAUAGGCAGGGCAUUCUCUCACCUCCUCUCACUCUAUGGCCAACAAAUGCAACCUAUUCUCAGCAACCUCUCUACCGCCCAUGCUAAUGCCCUGGCCUCUUUGUCUCCUAGGAGUUGAUGAUAUCCAUACCCCCAUUAAACUACCAAUAGCCCAUUUUUGAAGCUGUGUUAGUCAGAGUUUGCCUUGUCCUUGAUCAUGUAGUUCCUUUUUCUUCUCCAUCCUUUUGCCUUUCUUUUCCUUCUGUUCGCUUCCUGGAUGUUGCGCUGCCUAUUUAAGUCGGCCACAGCGAAGACCUUGACCAGAAAACGGAAUACCAGGUCGAGGCCUUAUUUAUUGUUUAUUACCAUUUACAGAAGAGGAGUGUCCUUUGGAUGAGGGUGACUUUUACUGUCCGUUUAGUCCAUGAUCUUUCAAUUAAUCUUUUUUUUUUGUGGUUAUUCAUUAUUCUUGCGAUUAUGUUUUUACUUGUUCAUUAUACCGAUUUGGUUGGGUGGGGUGAUGUUUAUAUAUAUUGGUCGGAAAUGAGUGCAAGAGUUGUAUUCUGCGGGUCCUUUUACAUACUUGGUUCUGAUUAUUGUCAAGUGAUGUCUACUAUAUAAUUUGGUAUCGAGCUUGCCUUUUCUUGAUCA